AUGAGAGGCCAAGAGCCACGUUCAACAUCUUCUUGUGCGGCUUGCAAGUUCAUGAAAAGGAGGUGCACCCCUCAUUGUCUCUUUGCACCUUAUUUUCGAGCCGAUGAGCCCAACAAGUUUGCCAAGGUUCACAAGGUCUUCGGUGCAAGCAAUGUCACCAAGAUCCUAAAUGAGGUCCCAGAACCACAACGACAUGAUGCGGUCAAUUCCUUGGUGUUUGAGGCCGAGGAGCGGCUCAAGGACCCGGUGUAUGGAUGCAUUGGGGCGAUAGCGUCUUUACAGGAUAAGAUGUUCCAGUUGCAACAUGAUCUAGCUGUGGCUAAAGCCCGGCUAGCUCGAUGCUCAUCCAAAACAACUUAUGCUUCUUGCUCAACUACAUCACCAUUCUUGAUGUUGGAUGGUGACUUUGGUAUGUCCUCUUUCGGUGAUUUCAACAUGGAUCAAGGUGCGCUAACAAGUGACUUUCACCAACACCCUUUUCCAUAA